AUGGCUCUCGAUAUAAAAAAAUUGGACAUUUAUCGUAAAAUCCCGAAGGAUCUCACUGAACCUACACUUGCUGGUGCUAUUAUUUCAAUCAUAUGCGUACUAUUCAUAUCAUUUAUGGUAUUCCGUGAUGUGCUGGAUUAUAUAGAAAUUGUUCAUUUUGACCUUGAGGUUGCUUCCAGGAAAAGUGAAUUAUACGUCGACGAUCCAGGUCGAGAAGGAAAAAUUGAUGUUGAAGUGGACGUUUCAUUUCCAAACAUGAAAUGCGAAUACCUCGGAGUAGAUAUACAAGACGAGAAUGGUCGCCAUGAAGUCGGAUUUAUUGAUCGAACUGAGAAAAUUCCAAUUGAAAGUGAUGGGUGUCGAUUCAAGAGCAAGUUCGAAAUCAACAAGGUGCCUGGAAAUUUCCAUAUUUCAACACAUUCCGCUGCAACUCAACCGACACAACCUGAUAUGCGACACAUUAUUCACUCGAUACGCUUUGGUGAUGAUGUUUCGGGUCUCAAAGCUGAAGGAAGUUUCAACCCGUUGAAAGAGAGGAAGAUGACGUCUUCUGAGCCGCUAUCAACACAUGAGUACAUCCUCAAGAUAGUGCCAUCGGUUUACCAGGACAUAUCGGGAGGUAUUCGGAAUAGUUAUCAGUACACAUUUGCUCAUAAG